CCAUCCCUGACCGCGCGUGCGCCGUUGUGGCUGAUGCUGUGGCAGCGCGGCAAUGGAACCCUGCGAGCUGCAGAACGAGCUAGUGUCAGCCGAAGGCCGGAACCGGAAGGCGGUGCUGUGCCAGCGUUGUGGCUCUCGGGUGCUGCAGCCAGGGACUGCUCUUUUCUCUCGCCGGCAGCUUUUCCUCCCCUCCAUGAGGAAGAAGCCGGAUCUGGUGGACGGCAGCAAUCCUGAUGGUGAUCUCCUCGAGGAACACUGGCUGGUUAAUGACAUGUUCAUCUUUGAGAACGUGGGCUUUACCAAGGACGUGGGCAACGUCAAGUUUCUAGUCUGUGCAGACUGUGAGAUUGGGCCCAUUGGCUGGCAUUGCCUAGAUGACAAGAACAGCUUCUAUGUGGCCCUGGAGCGAGUUUCCCACGAGUAACUGAGGGGAUUGGGACUUGGCUCCACCCUAGCUAUAAAGCUCUGCCCACAAGAACCGACACUGAUGUGUCAGCAGUGCUGGCAGACUUCUUGGUACUAAUAUAAGCACCGGUGUUUGCCCUUGAACUUGCAGAGGGCCGGUCCUGUUUCCUCAGGCCUCAGAGCAUGCCUCCUGCUUAGUCCUCUCUGUCACAUGUGUCCUAAAGCCCUUUCCCCUGAUUUGGAACAUGGAAGAACACGCGAGUGCUCUACCAGUGUAGUCUGGUUCCCGGCACUCUGCCUCCGCACCUUGAUGCCAAGCUCUCUUCUUCUCAACAAGAACAACAUUCAUCUUUAGCUAUCACGACGGGAACUAAGAUGCUCACUUGCUAAUAUUUGAAACUCCACCUUUCCUCAUUCUAGAAGCCAAGUGUGAUAGGGUGCACAUCCUUAAUCCUAGCUCUUGUGGGGGUAGAGGCAGGAAGAUCAGGAGUUCAAGGGCAGCCUUAGCUACAUAGCCUGGGCCAAGUGAGAUGUCUCAAAAAACAUAAAGCAUACAAGUAUUUGAGAGUAAUUUCAUUGUAUGUGACCUACUUAUCUACAGUAAUUUAUUCUUUUUAAAAGUAAAACAUUUACAAAUGUCAAUAUUUAAACUUUACUUUAGAUACAUUUUUAGUACUGUGUUUGAGAGCCUUUUUUCCGGGUCGAUAGUGGCAUUUUAUAGUGAGGAUGAGCACGACUCUUCUUCCCUCAGAUCUUGAUCAGGUUUCUCUUUUUAGUCAUUCCUUGCCACUGAUGUCAACCCUAAGGGAAACUCAGCCCUAGCUGUGUGCAGACUGUCUUGUAAACCUGUUCCACGGACAUUUCUAUUGUUAUGGACAAGGUGUUACCUUUUCUUAUUAUUAGCCAACUUAAUGAUUUCCAGUUACUCUGUCCUUUCUCUUCUGGAGUGACUCAGUAGCUUAAAAAGACUCCGUGUAAACAGGUUCAAAUACUGUGUCAUCCUCCCCUCCUCUGAGGGCCUAAACUGAGAUAAGUAGAGACUUCAUUUUUCCUCAUGCCGGAGCUUAGGAAGUGGGGGCAGAUCAAGAGUUCAAGGUCAGCCUCAGUUACUAUAAUAUCAAAUUCAAGGCCAGCCUGUACUACGGAGAUCUUGUUUCAAAUGAACAAAACACAAACAAGUAGGACCUGCAAAAGUGACACUUAGUUAAAAAUGUUUGCUGCUCUUUCAGACGACCUGAGUUCAGGACCUUGCACCCUCAUGGGAGGUUUACUCCAGUUCAAGGAGAUCUGCACCUUCUGGUCCCUGCAGAUGCCUUCAUGUGUGUGGCACCCAUACAAACAAGCGAGUACACGUGCGUACCCACACACACGCACGCACACACGUGAAUAAAAAUUUUACAAAUGUAAAAACAAAAGUUUCUUCCUUGGCAUCUGUUUUCUGAGUGUUCUUCCCUCGCUGAAGCUUUUUAAGGGCUCCCUCUUAAAGAUCCUCUUAAUCAAGUCUUGGGCACGGUUUUACGGGCACCCUGCUCGCUUCCUUCCCCACCCUGAAUCUGAAUGUUCUCUAAGCGGCAAAGGAGAGACCCUGUUUUCCAGCAAAUAGGCACCUUUGUGGGAAGACAGCUGAGAGGACCCGCCCGGGUCAGAAGGAACAACAGACACAGAAGCCUCUAGGACGCAUGACCACUCACGUCACCAGUCAAAGACCUGAACUAAACUAGGCUUAAUUCUGCCCCCUUUUAAAAUCACAGAAACGAUACACGUUCAUCGUAUAUCAGUAUAAGAAUCAGGGUGAAGUUCUACUUAACAUUUCCAUCAGCUCACCAGUGGAAACGUGUAUGUCGUCAGUGUCUUUGUGUACAUGCAAAUGUAGUCUUCAAAGCAAAUGUGAGAUGAUACCGUGUACUCUUUUAUAACUUAUUUUAACAGAAUAGGGAACGUCUUCUUGUCAGUACGCCCAGCUGCGCGCACUAUUGCCAGUGUGCCAUUGUGGUGCUGGCCUAUGCUUUCAGUGAUCCCCUGUUUUGUCGCCUGCAGUUGCUCAUAACAGCACAGCAGCAAGGGUGCUUAACUGUCCUUAGUUCCUUGGCUUUCGCUACAGAAGCAGAGUCUCAGGGUAGGGACGCUGUCACGGCUUUGCAGUAUGGACUCAUUCUUCAAAGCAAACCCCGCCAAUGUGCCCACCCCACCCUCACCCCCGCAGCAGAGGGAAAGAGCAUUCAUUUUCUGCUGAUAACCCUGGGUAUUUUUUUUUAUCAUUAAAAAACAUUUGCCACUUUGACUUUUUUAGAGUGUCUCAUUGUUUUAUUUGUUCUCUGGUAAAAAUUUUCUAUUCCUGCUAGCCACAUUCUUUUGUUUGUUUGUUUGGAGGGUGGUGGUGGUGGAGGUUGUUUGAGACAGGGUCUCCCUAAGUAGGCUUGGCCAACCUGGAACUUGCCGUGUAGACCAAGCUGGUCUCAAAGUCAGCUUGUUUCUUUUUUGGAGAACUGGCAAACAUUGUUGACUCAGUGACCAAAAAACCUUUUUCUGCCAUUUCAGUUUGAUGUGAAUGAAAUAAAGUCAUUUCAACAG